GUUCACUAUAGUUUCACCGUGAUAUACCUCGCAGAUAAUACAAUACCCAGUUAGCGUCCUACUUUUUGCGGGUCGUUCUGUUGUUUAACUCUGGUUAACGACAGCCUGCCAUAUCGAUACGCAUACUGGUAUCAAUAUCUAUUGGUUUAGUAGUGUAUUGGUGGAGUGCCUGCUUGGCUGUGAACCCUGCAGGUUAUACAGUAGAGAUAUUAUGUACUAUCUUCGCCAAACGCACAAAAGAAUAGCUUGUAACUUAAUUUUACACACCUCAGUCUGCACAGUUGAAGGCUUACAUCAGUUGCAUUCAAAUCCUAACCCGACCCAACCCACCUACCGUUCGCUAUAAAACAUACAGUAUCAACAUAGCCCUCGCCAUAGCAUCACUAUAACACUCACUAUGCAAGUAGUUAAUAAUAACAUCACGUGGUCACACAGCGCAUUGCGCCCCCUGGAGGUGACAAUCCAGGUGUCCAUAUUCAUCAAUGAUGGACUGUUCGACGUCACACGCGCACGCCCUAUGAUGCUAUCCUCUGACUGGGAUGUGGACUUGGCUGCCUGCCAGGCUUAUAAUCUGGUACACAACACAUCCUAUCUGGUGGGCCAAAGCACUGCCGCCAGGGGUGGGGUGGGUGUGGAGAACCCGAAUGGCAAUGGGUUUAAUCUGUACUAUGAGCAUGGCAUGCGCGUGACUGAUCUGUUGACUGUACCGCAGAAUUCCUGUCUUGUUGUGGCAGAUGGACCGUUUGUCCCGUUCCGAAUGCUGGUGUGUAGGGUUUUGGGGUUAGUUCGUUGGUGGUGUUGGUAG